AUGAAUAUGUUCACUGAUCCUCUUCUCAUUAACUGUAGUACUGAAUACGAUGACUUUCUAGAAAUAUUCAAAUACAUCGGAAACUGUUCUUAUCUAAUUCCAGGCGUUUUAUUGCACAUUUUAAUUCUAAAAACAGUAUUGUAUUCACAGAAAAAGCUGUUUAAGAGCAAUUCGUUUUUUCGGAUUUUCAGUCUUACUCUUCUUCUCUGGGAUAUCUUUUUCAAUCGCCUAACCGCCUUUAUCCCUCCAAUGUGUCCUAUUUUAUGCCCUUUAUUUGUCAUGCCUUCAUAUUUUUUGAAAUUCUAUUACUGUAGUUAUAAUCAUGCCAGAAUGUCAAAAUCUGUUGCUCAGAUUAUGAUGGUUUUGAACAGAAUGUGUUGUGUUAUGUGGCCGAUGAGUUAUGAGAAGGUCUGGAAUCAAUUCUCUGCUCCUACAGUAAUCCUAAUAUUGAUUAUUCCCUUUGGCGGCACCUGGAACAUGUUGCUGGCCAGAAUGUAUCUAUUUCCAUCGUAUGGCGGGUUUGCGGUCACUUAUGUGAAAACUGUGACAUGGGCGUCACUAUCCCUGUUUCAAGCAAUUUAUAUUUUGACUGCUUUAUGUUUUACAGUUGUUUGUACUUCCAUUUCUUUGUAUAAACUAUACAUUCUACCGGGAAGAGUAAAAGCUGCUGAAAGAUCACUUUGUUUUGUUUCCGCGUUUUAUUCGUUGGCUUUUCUGAUUGUUGCAGCUUCUCAGCUUGUCUUCGUGGUUUGUGUGAACUGCCAAUUCACAUUCUCUGUCAUUUUCCAAUUUCUAGCUUUUGAUCUUCUCACAGUAGGAAGACAUCAUUCUGAAUUUUCUGCUAAAAAUUCUGAAUAUUUGAAAAUGAGUUUCACUGAUUUCAAUUCCACUAUUGAACACAAAUGGACUGAUCGAGUUGCCUACCCUUGCAGUCAAAAAUACAAUGAUUUUGUCGAAAUUUCGAAAUAUGUUGGCAGUUGUUUGUAUCUGAUUCCUGGGGCACUUUUGCACAUUUUUAUUAUAAAGACUAUUCUGUUUUCGCAGAUUAAAAUGUUCAAGAAUAACUCAUUUUUCCGGAUUUUUGUCACCGAUUCGGUUGUGAGCCUAGUUCUCCUAUUCUGGGAUAUAUUUUUCAGUCGACUCGCUGUGUUCACUCCGCCACUUUGUAAAAUUCUCACACCCCUUUUCUAUGAACCAUCACUAUUUUUAAAACUAUAUUAUUGUUCGUAUAACCAGGCUAGAAUGGCGAAAUCUAUUGCUCAGAUUUUGAUGGUUUUAAAUAGAAUGUGUUGUGUGAUGUGGCCAAUGAGUUAUGAGAAGGUUUGGAACAAAUUCCCCAUCCUUACAGUAGUACUUAUUCUAAUAGUCCCAUUUGGUGGAACUUGGAAUUUAUAUCUCGGCAGAAUGUACACAUUCCCAUCGUAUGGCGGAUUCAGCGUUACCUAUUUCAGAUACGUGGAAUGGGCCUCUCUGUCAGCCUUCCAAUCGAUUUACAUUUUGACUGCUCUGAGUUUUACCCUUGUUUGCACUUCGAUUUCUUUGUACAAGCUUUAUAUUCUGCCCGAUCGAGUGAAAGCUGCUGAAAAAUCGUUGUGCUUGGUUUCAGCGUUUUAUUCGUUCGCGUUUUUGAUAGUUGCAGGAUCCCAGCUUGUUUUUUUCUGCGAAGAGUGCAUGACCAAAUUUUUUACCGUCUUUCAAUUCCUGGCAUUUGAUCUUCUUACUGUUGUGUAA